AUGCAACCAAAACACCAAAAUUCAGAACCCUAUGCACAGCCUAGGCAAAGAUGCGUUCCGCGACCUGGUCCACCUGGUCCACCAGGCGACCCAGGACAGAAUGGCAUCGAUGGUAACGAUGGAAAUCCUGGGCGACCUGGUUCUCCGGGAAAAGAUGGACUCUCUGAAAACGACAGAGAGCCAUGCUGGAUUUGUCCGAAAGCUCAACAAGGUCCUACGGGAGCCAGGGGCCCAAAGGGACGUACUGGUCCUGCUGGUGAACCUGGAAGAAACGGUAUUUCUCCGUCAUCCGUGCCGGGACCACCGGGAGAUCAAGGGCCACAAGGUUUUGACGGUCCUCCUGGUUUCCCUGGUCCACGAGGUCAAAGUGGUUAUGAAGAUGAGGUAUACAUAACAGGCCCACCCGGACCAACAGGACCACCGGGCCCACCUGGGUUCCCAGGCCCUCAAGGUCGUCAAGGUGCUCAGGGAAUACAGGGACCACCUGGACUCCAAACCGGUGACCCCGGCGCACCUGGAACUCCAGGAAGACCAGGAGCAGUAGGAAAGAAAGGGCCGCGCGGACCGAGCGGACCUGGGCCUCAAUGCGAUCACUGUCCUGUACCAGCGCUGGAGACAGGAUUUAGUACAGAAAAAAGCAAAUCUGAAUAUAGGACACUAACUGCGGAAGAAAAUGUAGGUUCGGUACAGGUCAAUCCCACUGAAAGAACCAUUGAAGAACACAGGAACUUGGAGCUUCAUUAA